UCAAAACAUCACCCAGCUGUCCUUGUUGGCGCCGCGCCGGCAAAACCGUCAAAUGUCAGGUCCAUCGCAGUCCAAGCAGCUUUUAUUGCGAUGCUCGUGCCCUGGAGCAGCACCGGUCGAUGAUUCUGAAAUGAGAAACCUCAUCUUCACCACUAGCCGGGACAAAAACGCUCACUGAUUACAUGUACGAUGCAAGAUCCGUUGAUCACUACACACUGGUCCUAUUAGUAGCUGUGCGCUGACUUACUGGCAGCAAUGGCCAGUCUCCAGGCAUGCCAGGACGACAGUCUGCUCACUGUUUAUCAACAGAGGGCGCUAGACCUUCUGCUGAGGCUCAAGCACGAGUUUGAUCCUCGGCACCUGGGCGAGGCCUGCAGAGAGCUCACCAGUCUGGUCUUGAAACACUCGGACUGUGUGCAGAUCCUUGAGGACUAUCAUGCUCACAGGCCUGUCAUGGAUAUGAUGGAGCAUCGUACCUACGAAGCAGAUAUUCAGCAGGCUGGACACGAAGCCCUGUCUGCCAUGAUGAGCGUAAGCAACAAGCUGAGAGAUCUCAUCCAAAAGCGCAAUGUACACCAGGAUGUUCUGGAGAUCAUGAGUAAACACACCACAGACUCGGGGGUCCAGACUGCUGCCAUGAAGGUCAUCACUUUCCUGGCAAUGUCAGCCAACAUAUGCAACACCCUUAUGGAAGAGCAGAUACUGGAGUCAGUUGUCCAGACGAUGCAGAAUUUCCCCGACGAUGCGGGCCUGCAGAAGGUGGCCAACCAAGCCCUGCGGCAGCUCCUGGCAGAAGAUUCCUCAGUCCAGGUGGACUUUGUGGACUCCAAGAAGCACCACCCAAUCAUAACAGCUCUUAGAAAUCACCCUGGUGAUCCAGGUGUCCAAGAGGAAGCCCUGUGGCUAUUGGCUGUCUUAGCCGAUUCAGAGGAAAACUACGACAUUCUCCUUCAAGAAAAUCACAAGCUGCUGGUGACUGCCAUGAGGAGCUUCCCCAAUGUGGAAGGGGUGCAGACAGCCGGCUUUGCCUUCAUGAAAGCUGUGGCAAUAAACAUUGAAAGUCAGCAGCUCCUAGAAGUGAAUGGAGCCUCCCAGCUGGUCCUGAGUGGGAUCAGAACGUUCCGUCAAAGCACCGACAUCCAAACACUAGGUUUCUCCAUCCUGACCAAACUCACCGACGUUAUUUUCAGGCCUUCUAGUACCAGUGCCAUAGAGGCCCCAGCAGAGGACAAUUGGCUUCCAGAUGUGUUCAUGGGACUCACCCUCCAUCUGGAUAACGUAGACUGCCAGGAGGCGGGAUGUAGCGCAUUGAGUAAGCUGAUUGAGAAGAGACCACAAGUGCUGAAAGGAAUAGAAAGCAUCAGCAUCGAGAACGCAGUGUUGGCCAGUCUCAGAGUGCAUGGCCAACGGGAGGUAGGCAUCUUCAUAGCGUCCUGUGCUUCCGUCUACUCCUUGGUCAUCACCUCUGAGCGUAUGCGGGAGAGCUUCAUGGAGAAAGGAACCUAUAUGGACAUCCAAGCAGGAAUGAACACCCACAAGCAGAGUGUUAAAGCCCAGGCCGUGGCCUGCAAGGCCUGCAUGGGCCUCUGCCUCUUCAGCCCUGAGGAUAAGGAGGCCCUAGCUCUCGUGGGAGUCCAGGUGGAGAUCUUCAAUGCCCUCAAGAUGUACCCCGAUAGGCUGGAUGUAUUAGAGGCUGCCAUUGGUGCCAUAGCUUGCCUUGCAGAUGUUGAUAUCGUCCGCUACCAGUGCAUGGUCGAAGGCAUUCACGAGCUGAUCCUACAGAGUAUGGUCAGCCAUCCCGAUAACAGAAGUAUACAGGAGCUGGCCUUGGAAGCCAUGGCCGUCCUCUCCACCGCAGAUGGGAUGGCAGAACUGUUGUGUGAAGCCGGUGCUCUUGCCUACACUGUAGAGACUAUGGCUAGAUAUGGACACUUUGAAGGCAUUCAGCAGAAAGGCAGCAUUCUCCUUCAGGCCCUGGUCGCCGAGCAGAAGUCCAUCGACAACGUGCCGGUCGCUAGGCAGGUUGCCAAGGCACUGGUCACUGCCAUGAAGAAGUUCCGGCACGAUCCCAAUGUUCUUGCUGAGAGCUGUGUUGCCAUGCAGCUUCUAGCUGAAACCUCCAAGCAGAUUGGUCACGUGUUUGUGGAGAAUGAUGCCCAUGAAGAACUUUUCUACAUCAUUGAAACCUAUAGCUCAGAUAAAGUUCUGAUUGACCUGGCUUGCGAGUGCCUGUACGUCCUGUGCUGGAAAUGGGACUUCAAGAAGGACUUGCUCCUGUGGGCAUGUCGACAGAACAAACUGAAGGGAGUGGAGGUUCUACUGCAGCUGAGUGCUAACGUCAACAUCGGCAAGGGUAGGGAGACCCCAUUGUGCCUGGCCGUACAGAAGGGGAACACCGACAUGGUUAAGCUCCUCCUGAAACAGGGCGUGAGCGACAUUCACACGGCGUUGCAUUUGGCUCUUGAGCUGCAUCAUGACACCAUCACAGGACUCCUACUACAGCACAUGGGUCACGACAAGGACGGGGGAGUUGCUACUUGGAGCGGGCUAGGUCUUACUGUCCUUCAACCACUCUGGUUCUACCCGACGUUCCUGGGCCAGAUCGGUCAGGCUUCCCCAUCAACUCGAGGCAACUCCUCAACAGUUCAGAUUGCUAGCCGCAUCCGCCACACGGAGGAGAAUCGCGCCAAGCGCCGCCAAGCAGUCUUCAACCUUCUCAGCGAGGUCGACGGCUCCCUCAGUUCCAAUCUGGCACCUGUGGUCCGCACUUCCUCCCUCAACAUCCUCGUCGCUGCUGACCGGGAGCUGUACCCUGGUAGCCCUCCCCCAAAAGGGAGCCCCCUGUUACCGAUUUCCCCUGAGAAAGACAGUGCUCAGUCAGUGUUUCAAGUUGGCGAGGCCAAUGCCACAGAUUUCACGUGCACGGAAAACGCCGCAUUCCUCCCUGACACGCUAGACACCAGCGCUUUCUCACUAGGAGAAGAACAGGAACAGGGCCAGACCAUUUUGGAGCGCCCCCGCAAUCACGAACGUUCCAAGAGUCUCCAUGGCACCGAUACGGAGGUGGAUAACCUCACAAAAGCCAUGAACCGGAGACGUCAGCGUUCAGCUGGCGAGAUGGACAUGAUCCGCAAGGUCUCCAGUAGCUUUGUGCCCUGGCGCAAGUCGCUGAGUUCUGCCAACCUGCCGAUAAACCCGGACGACCCACGCUGCCUUGAGAGUCUCCAGCGAGGACUAAGGGAGCAGAGUUCUGUCAGGGAAUCCUUCUCUGGAGGAAGUUCUUCCCGUCCGCAGUCACCCAGCCUUCUGAGUAUCGAAUCCUACAUAAACAUCCGCUCCAGAUCCCAACCUGAAAUUGAGAUGAGAAGUGCCCUGUCUGUGAGCCAGGAGAGCUCUGAGGAUCGAUACCAGUCUCCCUUGGAAAGGUCUCAGGCCAGGUCCAAGGUCAGCCAAGUGUUCUCCUUUGGCAGCGUGAGCGACAGCAGCACGACAGACAUGGAGUAUGCAGAAUCGUCCCAGCCCUCAGGGGUCAUGCCUGAUGUCGUCCCCACCGUGUCCCCCUCCACCACACAGUGGCAUAGCACGCCCGUCCAGAGGAAGAAUCGUCGGAGCUCAAGGCACAUGCUCCACCUCGGCCAGUCCAUGCUGGACGUUCCCGAGGCAUCGGAGAUCCACGUGCACCUCCUGGACCUGUCGGCCAAUCGCAUCACGGACCUGCAGUGCCUGGCGCAAUCAGAGGGCAGGCUAAUGGGGCAGUUUGCCUUCUUGGAGAAGUUGGACCUGAGCAAUAACGCGCUGGAGGAACUCCCAUCCCAAUUCACUCAGGCAUUGCCAAGACUUCAAAACCUGGAUCUGAGGAACAACCAGUUCCAAACACUGCCUGUGCAUGUGUUUGGUAACGGGAGACUACAGACACUAGACAUGUCUGGAAACAAGAUCAAUGACAUGACCGAAGAACCUCUUGAAGUAUCCUUCUCGCUGGUAGACCUGAACCUCAGUAAUAACUGCAUUGAGGAGUUCCCCUCAUGGAUAGGGCAGUACGCCCCAGCUUUAGUGACUCUGUCACUAGCAAGGAAUCACCUCAAAGAGUUACCAGCGAUGUCUGUAGAGAUGACCCGGCUGCAGACCUUGGACCUGUCCUGUAACGAGCUCUCGCACAUACCAUCAAAGUUCAUGUGGAACUGUGACUCACUGGACUACCUCAAUGUUUCCUGCAACCAACUCAAGAUUCUACCUGAGGAGCUUGGGGAGUUGCUGUGCUCUUUGACCACUCUCAAGAUGGCUGCGAACAAUCUGGCACUACCAGAACCUCCUUACAUCCCCCGCAUGAUCCUGCAAUUGCCAUGGUUGAGGAGCAUUGAUCUGAGCAACAAUAACUUGACUGGUGUCCCCCCUCCCAAAGAAUGGAAGAGUCAGGGCUUGCGAGAAAUCCUACUAGGGCACAACAAAAUCAAAAAGUUGGAUCUGUCUGAGAGCAUCCGGCCAUGGCAAAAGCUGGAGCGUCUAGCUUUGAACAACAAUCAAUUGUCACAGGUUCCCAAGGAGAUCGGCCAGAUACUGACACUAACCUCAUUGGACUUCAGCAAUAAUCCCAAGAUUACUUGCAUCCCCGAUGAGCUAGGGAAGCUGGCAAGACUAUGGGAGCUUCCCCUGGACGGACUCAAGCUUGAUCUAGACCCAUCCAUUCUCAAAGGCCGUACCAAGGACAUCAUUGGCUUCUUGAAUCAGAAGCUCAAACAGUCUGUCCCCUACUAUCGCAUGAAGCUGAUGCUGGUGGGCUACGGAGGCAGGGGCAAGUCCACCCUGUUGGCCAGACUGCAGAAGCAGAAGAGAAGCAAAAAAGAAGCUAACGUAGCCACCGUGGGAAUCAAAGUGUCAGACUGGAAAAUCCAAGUCCGGAGUAACAAGAAGACGGUGGAUUUCUGCCUGAACACCUGGGACUUUGCCGGACAGGAGGAUUUCUACAGCAUGCAUCCCUGCUUCUUGACGGGCCGAGCCCUCUUCUUGGUGGUGUAUGAUGUCAGCCGAGGCCCAGAAGAGGUCAAAACCCUCCGACCGUGGCUACUGACCAUCCAGGCCUUGGCGCCAUCAUGUCCAGUGGUGGUCGUGGGAACCCACAAGGACAAAAUACCCAAAGACAAGGAAGUGGAGUUCAUCAGUGACAUGGAGAUGCGAGUCCGGAGCCUGUGCCAGUCGCCGGGCUUCCCCGAGAUCAUGGGUUUUCGUGUGGUCAGCUGCACCAGCGAGAAUGAGGGCUUAGAAGCCCUGCGGAGACUCGUCGUAGAACUCAUUGAGACAUGUAAGAUCAAAGGUCAACCUGUCCUAGGCCAGAUGAUACCUUACAGUUACCAGCGUCUUGAGGAGUUACUGAGGGAAGAGGCGAGGAAGAUGAAGGAGAACAAGGAGGCACCAGUUGUGAUGAGGAGACGGUUGCUACAGCUGGUACGAGAGCACUCCUUGCAGUUGGACAACGAUGAACUCUCACAGGCUGUGCGAUUCCUCCAUGAGACGGGCAUACUGCUCCACUACAACGAUCCCGUCCAACAGCUGAAGGAGAUGUACUUCGUGGACCCGGAGUGGCUGUGCAAGAUCAUGGCGUUGGUUGUGACUGUCAGGGAAAUCAACCCCUUCAUCAGUCCCAACGGGCAAAUGAGGAUCAGCGACUUGCCCAUACUCUUCACUAGGACUGAAGAUCUGCCCAUAAAGCGACUUCUCCCACAGUACCUCAAGCUGCUUGAGAAGUUUGAGGUUGCACUCCCCAUCACCGACACAGAGCUUCUUAUCCCAUGCAAGAUGCCCAGCCAGAAACCAGCUAUCACUCUGCCUUGCUCUAGCAGACAAGAUCUCCUGCACCGUCUGUAUGAUAUGCCCUACGUGCCCAUCGGUCUGUGGUCCCGUCUCAUAUUAAGGCUUCUGGUCUUCUCCACCCAGAUGCUGCAGACGCCCUCGUCUGUAGCCUCAGCUUGUAACGACGAUAUCUCCAAAGUCACCAAAUACUGGAGGGAGGGAAUCUACGUCUGCUGGUCCAGAGAAGCAUUCUUCUGUGUCGAGUCCUUGAGGAAAGGCCGAGAUGGACUGAAAAUUACCGUGCCUCAGACCAAGGAUGGCAACAGACUUCUAGGCCUGCUGUGUGAUCAUGCAGAUGACCUGAUAGAGGAGUGGUUCCCUGGUCUGACUGAGAUGGAUCCAUUACAAGGCAAAACGCUGGUACAGCGGAUGGUACCCUGCGUCCUGUGUGAAGAAAACAAAAACCACCAGUUUAUGCUGGAUGAGCUGAUUGAGAGGUCAGAGGUCAACGACUACAUUGUCUGCCCCAACCACAUGGACAUGCAGGUUCCACUAAAGUUAUUGGCCCCUGAUGUGAUGCUUGCCGAUCUGGAUGACCGAUUCCACAUCGACCCCAAGCUGCUGCAGUUUUCACCCAGUUCUUCACACAUGCUUGGAGAUGGGAGUUUUGGUUCAGUGUACAAGGCCAAAUACAAAGAUCAGUACGUCGCAGUCAAGAUGUUUGGGAUGAGCCCAGAUGUCCAUCCUCAUCGACUUCUCAGACAAGAAGUUACCAUCUUGAGGCAGCUGCAGCACCCUAGCCUAGUCUCCAUGGAAGGCGUUGGUUUGAACCCCAGGGUUCUUGUCAUUGAAUUGGCCCAGCUUGGGUCGUUGGCAUCGGUAUUGCGCAAUAAGAAAUUGACCAGUAGGAGUCUACAGCACCGUAUUGCCUUGCAGGUGGCGGAGGGAUUGAUGUUUCUUCAUGAGCAUCGCAUUGUUUACCGAGACCUGAAACCAGACAAUAUCCUGAUCUUCUCCCUGUCACUUGGGACGCUGCAUAAUGCCAAGAUAGCUGAUUAUGGCAUCUCCAAGUUUGCUACGCCAUACGGUCUUAGAGCACCAGAGGGAACCCCAGGCUAUCGAGCGCCGGAGGUCAUUCGAGGGUUGUCUACUUACAAUACAGAGGUGGACAUCUACUCCUUCGGCAUUCUUCUGUACGAGAUGGUCACUGGAGGACACAAGCCCUUUGAGGAAUUAGAAUUCAGAGCUGAGCUGGACGAAGCUGUGAUGAAGGGUCGCCAGUUGCUACCUCUGACUUACAGCGGUGUACCCCCCUGGCCAGACCUUCAGGAACUCAUUGACUAUUGCCUGGAGCAUGUGCCACAGCACCGACCUACGUCUGAGCAAGUGUUCAAGUGGUUGAACUCAGCCGAGUUACUGUGCCUCAAGAGGGAGUAUCCACUACUCAUGGAUGUCUGCGUAGAGUGCAUGGCAGUCAGGUUUUACCGGUCGGAGGGAGUGGAAUGCCAAGAGGUGUGGCUGGCCGGAGGUGACAGGAAGGCCACCAUGGUGUCGUGGAUACAGCCUCUGAACAUCGACCCUGAGAACUCCAUACAGGGUAUGAUGUUACACAAGGGACGAGCGUUGUGCAUGACCGCCAUUGGUGAAUAUGCCAUGGUCAUUGGCACCCAGUGCGGCGAGCUGUGCGUUUGUGACCUGUCCAGCUCUCCAUACCGACUGAAGCACACUCUGCCCAAACUGGGCGAUGCCGUGGUCUGCCUGGCCUACUGGAAACGGGACCAAGAGGCCAGCCUUCUCUUCGCUGGACUGGCCAACGGAAGACUGGCUAUCUACAAGGCGAACAGACUACAGAGCGAUAAGGAUUGCCAACCUGACAAGAUGCUUCACAUAGGGUCCAGGGAUGAACCCAUCAAGUCUAUCACCUUGACUCGUAACAAGAUCUGGCUGGCCUACAGCUCCAAGGUCAUCAGUCUAAACAUCUACAAUCUGGAGUCGGACACUUCCACAGUGCUGGAACCGGACCAAGAAGAGAGACCGGCCAUGGUGAAGUGCAUGGCCGUGGAUAAGGCCAUCUGGCUAUGUCGAAGAAACAGCUCCAUCAUUGAGGUCUGGGAUGUCAGCCGACGCAAGAUGACCCACACCAUCAACGUGGCUGAGUUCAUCAGCAAGGAAGAUGCGGCCGAGCCCUCCAACUGCUACAUCAAGUCGUUGCUUCUCCAGCCUCGUGUUGCAUUGUGGGUAGGCACCGCCGGCGGUCACCUGAUCCUCAUCGACACCAACACCCACCAGCUGGUGUCCAUCAGCAAACGAUAUACGUCCAACCUGAGAGCGAUGGUAGCUGUCAAGGGACAUGGAUUGAUGAAGUUCAAUGCUGUCAUAGUGACAUCUGGAUCAGGCUUUGUUCGAAGGCCACCUGUCCCAGAACACACAGACACCCAGUACACUCACGUCCUGGUGUGGGAUGCUGACCUCAAGUCCCAGGUUCGCUACCUCCAGUCAGACAUGGAGAGGCGUCGCCAGACCGAGUCCCAGGCCAUGAAAUCCUGGCACAAGUUUCCACUGGGUCCCUACCGUCAUCAGCGCGGUCGGCGUGUCAGCGAGGGUCAGUUUGCAUUCAGCAACGACUUCGGUAGGUCGCCAGGGCUCAAGGGGAGACUUCGAAGGAUGUCUGUUAUGUCCCUGCACGUAGGGAGUCCACCGCUUUUCAUUUUUUAAAGAAAGUGUAUGCAGUGUUCACGUCGCAUGUGAUUAGCAAGGGAAAAGCUGAGCAAAAUGAACGAUGUUUGAAUCACAUCAGCUUUAUGGGUGCUUGUAGGUUCAGGGAUAGUACAGUUUGCGGCCCUGCUGACGGUUUCAACAUUGAAAUUUUCUGAACCCAUCAAUUUUAUCAUAGGACCAAUACUUCGGUAACAGUUUUUUUUUUCAAUCACUAAAUACAAGAAGUUGUGAGUUUUGUUCGAGGACCGCUGCACAAUGUCCAGGACCGCACCACAGUACCAGACACGGGAAUGUACAGUUCCAAUCCUGUGCGGUAAUACCAACAUACUCACGUGGGAUGUGCUAACAUUUAUUAUCACUGUUGGGGAACAAAUAAUUUUGCGUGAUUAUUGGAACCCAUGGACUCCCUUCUGCGAGCGAUCUGGUGAACCGGUUUUCGUAGGACAUUUGGUAAUGGAGUCUGUAGUACAUACAUCCUUCAAAGGGCUCUGGAAGUGUCAUUCGACUUGUUAAAUUCACGACGUGUUAUAUCUCAGGAUGACGACACACUGCCAACAGGAUGUCGACAUCUUAAGAUAAUGUAUCACAGAAUGAUGGUACAUUUCUCUCCCAAGACAUAACCGUGGUCAAAAAUGCAUCACAGAAUGAUGGUACAUCUCUCCCAAGACGUAACCGUGGUCAAAAACUACCUCAUGAUGUCGACAUCCUGUCUCACAUCAGGAUCUCAAAUCGGAUGGCAAUUCCAGAAAAAGUUUGAUGGGGCUUGUUUGUUGUUUUGGUAGUUCGUUACUUUUUGAAGGAUAAAGAUACAAAUGUGGGCCUAAUAAACAUUUUUUGCUAUUUAAAGAGUCUGCAGAAUUAUGGAAACUGGUAAACUAGUGGGUAAAGUGUUUUAAUGUAUGAGGCCGUUAAUAUUUCUUUUACAAAGCACUGUUUUUGUCAAAACAUUUUAAGUACACCCAAAUGUUUUGUGGGAACACAAAUAUUGGACCCGAAUGUAAUCGUCCUAUUCUUCUGUGAGGCUGCGUUUUACGUACCUCGUAUGGUAGAGGUCCAGCUUCAAUUCGGCAAACUUUUGGAUUAAAAUAAAUAUGCAUUUUUUGUUUGUUCUGUUCGUUGAAAGACAAGGCAAGAAGAAUCAAUUAUUUAUUUUCACCUGAUUUACAUCAUGUACUCAUUAUACCUUCUGUUUAUUAGAAAUUCACAAAUUUCGUCAGUUUUCUGAAAGCCCUCACUGGAUGUUGAAAUAAUCGUAUCAAUGCAAAGUGUGUGUUUCCAAGAACUAUACAGCAGUGUGUGAUUAAAAUUGUAUUACGUGUUUUGCCAUUAAAACGGUCUAUGCAAAUCGGGCGUUGUUGCCGCGUACUGUCACGAAAAUAUUAAGAGGUGCUUUAAGGUGGUUGACUGCGUGUCCUUGCAUUGUCUUAGUUUCUCUUGAUGUUAAGUAGAAUUAGUACGCUUAAUGUUUUCUCACCAAGCUGAUAUCCUUAAUUGUUGAUUUGAUUGUCUGGUAAAUUUUGUGAGUUUUAAAUGUGAGUGAUUACAUCCAAAUGAGGAGAUUCUCCUUUGCCGAACAUCUUAUUUGUCUACUUUGGUUUAUGUAGUGUGUUAUGGAAGCUGUAGUUGGUCAGCGAAUCCCUCACUUAACCCAGAAAGUUGUAUGUCACUGGUAGAGUUGCACCUAUUUGGUGUUGGAACAAUAACCUUAUGGUUUGUGCAUGUCAUGAACGUCAUCUUUCAUAAUUCGCCCAAUCAUGCUGCAAUUCCAGUGAGCUAAUUGUUGUGAGUGAAUGCUCAAAACUUCCGCAAUGUUAAACAAGGCAGCGUAGGCCGACUUUUUUUCACAAGCGCUUUAAAAUCUGCCAUUUGGUAAGUAAUAAUAGGGACUCGAGGUUCAUGCGUAAAAAAUAACCACUCUCUCUGAUAUGUGUGUACAAGAUGCGUGAAUAUAAAUAUACAUAUAUUAACUGAAUACACUUAAUGCACCACGGCUAUGUCGAUCUUAACGUCUCGGUUCAAAGAAAUGUUAAAUCACAGUUUACACCUCUGAGGUUUGCUAUUUCUUUUAACCAGACUGCAAGAAUCAGACUUAAGUUAUUUAGUCGUAAUUGUCGGCAAGUAUCGUUUGAGAAAAUAUUCUUAUUCGAAAAUCACACGCUGAAAGGUAAAAUCCUUUUAUUCGUGAAUGGAAUCACCUAUAAAUGUUGAAAUAUAGAAUAACUGAUGCUUCAACAGCACUAAAAGGUGUACAUCCCAGAGAAAGUUUGUCAGUCCAAGAUAAAAGGUACAGGCCUAUGUAUAAAGCAGCCGUGGACCAACAAAGUUAAUGUUCUUGUAGCUGCAGAAACUACACCUCAAAGUUAAAAAACAUUGGGUGCUUGCUUAGGAUCUGUUUGUUUCAAAUGGAUCUGGAUCUCGAUUAGUGAUUCCAAAGCUGGUUCGCGCUAUCCAUCAGGCGGGUUCUGGAGUCAGUGAACCAGCGUUGGAUCACUGAUCGUGAUCCGGAUCUGCUUGAAUUAAAGAGGUCCUUAAGUACUAUUAUACAUAAUUUAUACGUUUUGAUGAUGUUAAUCUGCUUUUAAAAUUAAAUGUGCAAUUGUGAUUACGUAUCAAUUCAAAUGAAUGAUUCAGGGUCUGUAAAUCGAGCAGCGCUGUCCUACAUUGAAGCAUUAGGACCUAUCUGCUUAGAAAUUGGAAAUUACUGAAGCCGCUUGCCCGUGGCUACGGCACGCACGUUAUUUUCAGUCAUGUCAGUUAAAUAGUCAGCUUACCUUCCUCCACUAUUAUCGUGGUGGUAUUCCGGAAACGAAACCAUUCAAGCGUUUGGGUGGAAAUGAUUUUGUCCACUGCAAAAUCUGAGCUGAAUGAAAUAUAGUAACAAAUUGGCGAACUAUUUAGUCUUGAGAAUGUUUGUUUUAUUUUCGUUUGAAGAGCAACAGAGUUGCGACAUGUUCAGUACAUGCAUUGAAAUAGGGCUAACGAUGAUGCCAUCAAUGAAUGUGGAUAUGGGAUCUAGAAUUGCUUUGGGCUGGAUCAUAACCGGCUGAAAUCUUGGGAAAAGUUUGUUUGAUGGUUGCUUUUAUAAUUUGAUACACCAUAGCUGAAGGUACACCGAGUCUGCAUUUUGUAGGUUAACAUUUCAUAAUUUUGUUAUAUAAGUUUUUUUAUUUUUAUCGGUUUUGUAUUAGUAGUUACACUUUUGUUUUUUUCUUUUUGUAUAUUUAGACAGCCAACGUUUACACUUGUGAAAUUCCUCAUUACGGCUAAAUAGUAUAUUUGUGUCUUUGUUAAUCUUUUUUCAGAGCAGUAGGCCUAGUGUUCUCAGUUACAUUAAUGCUGAAAAUACUCUUUGUGUGAAUGGUGCCUGUAUGUAUAAAAAGAGUGUACAUGUAUUUAUUAUUAUCGAAGUAACUUGUAUGAUUGACAUGACCGGUUGCGAAUGUAGACCAAAUACGAAUGAUUAUUAAAUAAAUGCUGCUGCAAUAUGCUGAA